UCCUGGUCUGCCUCCUGAUCUACCCCAAAUUCUGCAGAGUCUUUGAUGACAGCAGCUGAAGAGAACUGCAGUCAGCAUUCAGUAUGUUCCUGUGUUGGGAUGUUCUGCUCCUGAUGUGGAGGUAUUAACUUGAGAGCACAUGGCCCAGAGGCUGAGGAUGGCCCCUGAUGCUGCUCAGAAGGCAGGUGAAGACAAAAUCAAGCACAGCAAAGGCAACUUUGAGAGCACAGAGAGGAGAGAGGAAAUCAUGGUUAUGCUGAAGAUUUCAUCUUUCCUUGCUGUUUAUGCCUUGGUUGUGUGCCAGAUGGACAGCUUCCAGGCAGCUCCAGUCAGACCUGGCUUGGAGUCCAUAACAGAUCGAGUGACGCUCAGUGAUUACGAAGCUCGGAGAUUAUUAAAUGCGCUGGUGAAAGAAUUCAUACAGAUGACAGCAGAGGAGCUGGAGCAAGCCUCUGAGGGGAACAGCCUGGAUAGACCUAUUUCCAAACGCUGUGCCAGUCUGAGUACUUGUGUGCUGGGCAAACUGUCUCAAGAGUUGCACAAAUUGCAAACUUACCCUCGUACUGACGUCGGGGCUGGAACUCCUGGCAAGAAAAGAAAUGUGCUGAAUGACCUGGAACAUGAACGCUAUGCAAACUAUGGGGAAACCCUAGGAAACAACUAGGCGUGCUUAUUUCUACCCUUUUUCCGUUCCCCCCCCAUCCCCCCCCCCCCCCUUUUUUUUUUUUUAAACCUGAUGCAUGUGGAUCUAACUUUGAUUGCUAACUCUGCUGUGUUCUUUUGAUUCUGUUUUUGACAGAGAAUGUUUGAGGUGGACCUAAUGUUAGCAAGACAGAACAUAACACACACAUCAAGCUAGGGGAAAAAUAAAUAAAAUUAGACAGCGCUGCCUCAAUUUCAAAUGAUUUUCUUAGGUAUUGAUUUUAAAAAACAAAUCUAGAAAAGGCUCUUCAUUUCUGGCUACUAAAUGUACAAGUAGACUCUUUUUUUCUGUGCCUGCCCACGCACUUGUUCAAUAAACCUAUUUUUCUAUAA